ACCAACAUGGGGGUGUGAGAGGUGCCACCGCCGCCGGAGAGUGGCCCGGUGGACUGUCACCCUCCCGAGUCUCUGCAAAGCGGCACCCGUCUCCUCAGGGAGCGGCCGACGGCGGGCGCCGGGUACAUGUUCCGGGUGGCUGAGCCCAACCCGAGCAGACCUCCGGCCGCCAAGAAGAGCUGGCAUUUCAGUAAAACUAUGGAAGAACUAGUUCAUGAUCUGGUCUCAGCACUGGAGGAAAGUUCAGAGCAAGCAAGAGGGGGCUUUGCAGAUACAGGAGAUCAUUCCCGCAGUGUCUCUUGCCUUCUAAAACGUCAGGCCAGAAAGCGAAGGGGCCGAAAAAGGCGUUCCUUUAACACCCAUCACCCCUGGGAGACUGGUCAUUGUUUAAGUGAAGGCUCUGAUUCCAGCCUGGAAGAACCAAAUAAGGAUUAUAGAGAGAAUCAUGCUACUAACAAGAAAGACCAUAGUGAUUCUGAUGAUCAAUUGCUGGUUGCGAAACGCAGGCCAUCUUCAAAUUUAAACAACCUCAGAGGUAAAAGGCCUUUAUGGCAUGAACCUGAUUUAGCAGUUGACAAUUUAGGAAACAGAACUCUACGUAGAAGGCGAAAGGUGAAACGAAUGGCAAUUGACCUACCUUCGGAAGUCACAAACACACUGACUUUACUCCAGCAGCAGGAUAUUAGGGAUCAAGAAAUGGACAAUGAUAGAUCUUGCCAACAUCAAGAACUUGUAAAGAGCAAAGUUAAAAAAAGGAAACUUACUGCAUGUAGGCAAGGACCAGAAAUUUUGGAUGAAGGUGUAGUCAUAGAGAAUGAUGAAACCAACCAGGCAAGCAAGGAUAAAAUGGAAUAUGAGGAACAAAAAGGAUCGGAUGAAAACAUGAGUGACAGUGAGUCCAGCAGCCUCAGCAGUAGUGAUGCUGGUUUAUUUACCAAUGAUGAGGGAAGACAAGGUGAUGAUGAGCAAAGUGACUGGUUUCAUGAAAGUGAACCUGGUGGUGCCUGUGGGAUCACUGGAAUCAUUCCCUGGUGGGAAAAAGAAGACCCAGCUCAACUGGAGAAAGAGUUGCCUGAUCCAGUCUUUGAAAGUAUCUUAACUGGCAGUUUCCCUCUUAUGUCCCAUUCAGGCAAGAGAGAUUUCCAGACAAGAUUUAGCCAUCUUCAUGGAAUGCCUGCAAGAAGUAUCAAAAAAGCUGCAGGAAAUUCAACAGCAAUGAUUACUACGCCAGUCUCCUGCAGUAACAAGAAGGCCACACAUUUGUCCCAGGAGUCUCAUCACCAUGACCAUUGGUUUAGCCCUGGGGCUAGGAAGGAACAUAGCCAGCUUCAACUCCUGCGAGACAACCGAUCAGAGAGAGGACACAAGAAAAACAGCUCUGUGAAAACAGCAAGCAGACAAACAAGUGUCCAUUUAGGAUCUUUAUGCAUGGGAGAUAUAAAAAGAAGAAGAAAAGCUGCACCACUCCCAGGACCCACUGGGUUUGUAGGUGAAAAUGCUCAACCAAUCUCAGAUAGCAACAUUGGCAACAGGAUGCUCCAAAGUAUGGGCUGGACACCUGGCACAGGCCUUGGACCAGAUGGCAAAGGGAUAGCUGAACCUAUUCGAGCAAUCCAGAGGCCAAAGGGACUUGGACUUGGAUUCAGCUGACCAAAAGGCACUCUAGAUGCUGCUCAGACAUCAAGACGGAUGUUCAGUCUUAACUUUGAAAUAACUGAAAACAUUCAUUCUGCUGUCCUGAAAAAAUCUAGUGAUUCUUACUGUAACUUUUGAAUACAGAAGUGUCAAUGUUUUUUAUUGCAGCCACCAGGGCCAGCCACUAUGACUAUGCUGGUGUUUGAAUCCUAAAUCAGUCACGGUGCUAAUAUUUGAAACUGUACCUUUUUAUUUUGUGUGGUUUUAUCCAUUUCUAUUGUAAAAAAUUCCACCUACUGAUCUUUUCCUCUUCUAUUCCUCUAGAUAAAGCCUUGUCAACAUGCCUGCACCCAAACUCAUUCAUACAAGGGUUUUCAUAGGUUUAAAUUAUCAUGAAGGUCUAACCCUAGGAAUGCUAACAUGUUACUUUAAAAAAUAAGGAUGAAAUUUAGUAGACGCCUGCAACACAUCUCCCAUCUAUUUCUGCAGAGUUUGCGAUGGAAUCCUACACAAAACCCAUUACAGUAAAAGUAAGAUGAAUUGUAGAAGUACUUGGUGGAUUGGGCAGAGACUGCAUCAAUGUAGAGUUGUUCCAAUGAUGGGGAGGCAUAGUUUCAAUGUAGGUGUGACAGAUUUCACCUUGUGAAAAAGAUAACAACCAGCAAUCUUACUAUUGUUCUCUAUCUAAACCUUUACAGCCUUAAUGAGUACUGCUAUUCAACUGUUUGUGCUAUUUUAGCCCAAAUUUUUAUGAUUUAACAUUUCUUGGGGUUUACAAGAUUUGCACAUGGCAUGGCAUAAUUAUCUCUUGUUUCCCAGCAUGCAAAUUUGUAUGAGGAACACAUGACAUAUAACAAGUUUCUCUUCCAGCAAUUGCGGCAUGUAAUCCCACACUCUAUGUUCACCUAAAUAUGCCCCAUGCAAAUACAGCUUGUGGUUUUUUAAUCUUAAAUUUUAUUCUUUUAAAUGGAAGGAUCUUAAGCAAAUUGUACUAUCAUCUUUCACCCAGUCUCUGUGAAUGAAUGCAUAUUUUGACUCAUGAUGAUUAGCUAAGUAGAUUUUAAAUGGGACUGUUUCAAUAGACUUUUAAUUUUAGUUAUAAUAUUGAAAAUGUUCUUAGCUGAUAAAUGGUGGCUGCCAGGAGGUGGUUACACUUUAUUCAUGGCCACAUGCUCUUAACAGGAGAAAACAAGUUGAAAUGGUGAUGUAGGGAAUGCUUUGGUAAUAUCAUCUGCCAUAACUCCCAGAUUAAUAUCUUGGCUUGCUCUUGUGCUGACAGCACAAAUUCAUUAAAAAGGCCAUCUUAUAUGAGAGGUGUAAGGGUUUAUUUCAAUAGCUAUGAGAGCUUCAUUUAAUCAUUCCUGUACCCCAAAGUAAUUGUCUUAGACUUCAUAUUACUUUCUGCCAGGAUAUAGCCAUAUUCAGGUUUCAUACCUCCCACCACCUCGGUACAUCACCAUUCCCAAAUUAACCCCACAGCUUUUCACUCUUUUGCCUUUAUGUUCAAUAAAGCCUGACCAGCUAGGAAGCAGAUAAGGACAAUUCAUAUAAAAGUAAAUUCCUGAAUUCUAUCUUCCUAUUGUUAUUGACAGUCAUUGUAGAGGAGGCAAGAAGUAGAGCCAAGGCUCAGGCUUGGCUCUGUUUUGGGCAUAGAAAGCAGAGCAAUGUCUGGACAUUUGGGUAUUUGUAAUAUAUUAGCUGUCCCUACAUCACAGUUUACAAUCCACCUUCACAAUUUUUCUUUCUUUCUUUUGCUUUUCUACCUCUUACCCAACAAGAUGCAUGCUACCUGGCUGGGGAGCUGGUCAGAGGAAAGCUUAGGGUGAUCAGAUCUACUUUAAAUACAUGGUUAGUUCCCUUUUACCAUGCUCAUUAUUUUUUCCAAGUUGAUAAAAUCAUGUAAACUCUUAAUAAGAAGACAAAGAUAAUAACAGAACUAACAUACAAAACUAGCAUGCUCUUUUUCUUUUAAAGACAAUUUAAUUAUAUUUUAAAUAUUACUGUGCAUCACAGCUAUUUGAAUUGUUUUUUGUUGCCCAGGUUCUCUAGUUAGCAUUCUGAUAAAGGACAGAGCAUUUUAAUGGGUUCCAAAGAUAAGAAGCAUUACAAGGAGGAUUUAAUAUUGCAUCAAUGAAAAUGCAGAGGGAAAAAAAGACACAUUUGUUUUUCAGUCAGUCUUCUAAAUGUGUAUAGAAUUCAAGUAUAGUAAGUGCUGUGUUACUUUCUGUUUUCUAUCCAUAUGCCCUGUUCAGGGUUUUAUUGCAAUUAAUUAUAAUUAAGCAGUCAGCAUUUCUAGGAGACUAUUCAGUAGAUAGCUGUGACUGAAGCCGCGGUCUCAAAUAAUUCUCUACACCUUUUUGAUACAUAAGGUUUUCAAUACCAAACUGCAACAUGGGACUCACUUUUUAACCUUUAACCAUGAUCUUUUUUUCCUGUUGUAUCAUUGCUUCCCCCACCUCACCCCAUCCCUGCCACCUCAUUUUUCUCCUCUUAAAAUAAAAUCCUAAAUAAACCAAAUAAGAAAACAAUGGGAUCACUUGUACAUAAUUGUCCCUUAGGUUACUGGUAAUCCUGAACCACUAGUUGAACUUCAAUUGUCUAUGAAGGUUACAUUUGCAAUGCAGAAGAGAGAAGAAGGAUCAUGAUGCAAUUACAUUAUCCAUUUUUGAAAAAAAUGAAUAAUCCAAGCUUUUUUUUCUUAAAAAGGGCUGAUAUAAUAGCUGGGAACAUAACUGACAUGCUGAGAGGAGACAGAAACAACAAGAAGAAAUUUUCUUGGCCCCACAAAGCUAUGGGCAGUAGAAGGAGUAUGCAGUUAAGCAGUAAAGGAGCAGAAUUUUUUUUCUCAGAAUUGAAUGUAGCUAUUAAACAGUUUUAUACUAAGUGCAGAGGCUCCUUAUGAUUAUGUCCUGGAAAAGCAUUUGAUAAAUGGCUCUUAUUUUUGACAACACUGUUGAUUCUAUACUUCCUAACUACCAAACCAAGAUCUUAAUAUUGCUACAGUAGAAAAAAUGAUCAUCUGGGGAAAGUUAAUAUUUGUCUUGUUAGCAACAGAAACUACCCCCCCCCCCCGCCAAUAUCUUCCCUUUUAGAAACCCAUUGGGAAACUUAUGUGCAGGCAUUAGUACAAGUGGUUUCCCCAACAGGGCAAAGAGGCUCUCAGAGGGCUUAAGUCUUCUCUCUGUCCGUGUACCAUGGUACCAAUCCAAACUGAAUCCUGCCCACUUGGGAAAUGAGUUCUGAGCACAGAACUCACAUAUCUGAUUACCAAGAUCUGGGUAACAUACAAGGAAAACAUAACAUACAGUUAGCCCCCAAGAGGAGGAGGAUGGGGAACUUUGUUUAAAAAGAAGUUCCAGGGAGCUGAAAGAAAAAUAAAACUCAAGGUCCAUGUAAUAUCCUUUAUUAUGACUGACCAAAAUGACACAAAAAUGCUUUGGAGUUCUUCAGAACUCUUCAUCAAGAUGAAUAUUGUAGGGAGGGAGCUUCAGGAUAUGCUUUUGAGGCCGUUUGUUUGGUCCUGUUUGGGGAAUCAUGCAUGCUUAAAAGGCACUGGGGUGUUGAAAAGAGUUGGUAUCAAAUUCCCUUGAUUUUUUAGGAAGAAGAGGGAAAAUGUACUAAAAUACUAUAUGAUGAUGUGAUGGAGCUGAUGGCUUUCCAGCAACAGAGAGGUAUACAUAGAUAGACUUGCUAGUUUAGCUAGUAUUGGCUUGUAUCCAGUGGUGCAGUGGAUAAAUGAACAUAGUGCAGCUCUGCUUAUGCACAACCUUGUACAUCUAGCACUUUCCUCCCUGUUUAUUACAGUGCCCAGAAAUCAAAAGCACAAGAUCUUACACAAGUGGAGAUACAACAAGUUUGACUUAGUGCAAGCAACUGCUGUGGUCUUUUUCUUGUGUUUUUGUUUCCACAAGUGCCAUAGCUUAAGUGGAAGUUUUACACUGGAUUCAACUCAUGAUUUCCCUUUUCUUGCAUAUAAUAUUUGAAAAAUAAUCUGGAUUGAGAGUUUUUAUGAUACAGUUAUUCAUCUCUUGCUUCUAAUGAAAUUCCCAGUUUGUUCCUAUACUGAGCAAUACACUGAGAAAGUGUGAAGAGAGUAUAGGCAAGAAUGUAGUAUAUCUCCUUGUUGGCCUAAUGGACCAGCUCUGUCUCUUAAAACAACCACCUGUUGUUUUAAGCAUUUGAGAAGAACUAGAUCCAGUCCACGCAGGCUCACAUCACUUGCUUGGGUGAUUCCAGGAUUUUAUUAACAUACCCACAGGCCUCCUGGAUCCAUCCAUCUUAUGUGUUACAGAUCUGCAAUUCUGUCUGCCUUUUCAUCAAAGUUACUUUGUCAGCUUGGGCAGGAGACAUGCCAUUUAAAAGCUAAGGGGAAAGAGAAGGUAACGAAUUGCUCAAGGAACCUGUGACAUUUCAUCCCUCUUCUAGAAACCACAGACGAAGAGGCAGCACAGACCCAUACCUCUAUGAGUGCAGUAACCAUUUGACACCAAUACGCACAGUCAUUUUAGGCCUGCUUGCAUGCUUAGCAAUUGGCACACCUCAAAGAAAGAAUCAAAGUUGUACUGAGGGGGAGGAAGAGAUGAGCUAAGAGAUAGUGCUCAGAGGCAAGGAUCCCAAAGAGCAGAGAUAGGGAAGAAACAGGAGCCAAAGAAAAGAAAAAUGAUACAAACCAUCUGAAUUUUGUUUUAAAAAUAUGGCUGGCACUGAGUUACAGCCACAUUUCCAUAUAAAUUCCCACCAUUUGGUGUGCAUCUAGCUAGUAAUGCAUUGAUCUAUAUAUCAGGUAUUCUACUACCGAAAAUGUCCCUGUGUUACUUCAGUUUUCAUCUCCCCCCUCCCUGUGUUUUUUACCAUUCCCAUUCCAAGUUCUCUUCCAAUGUGAAUUAAUGUACAUAGAGCUAGUGAUCAAAAUGUACCAGGUAACUGAGGGGAGACAGUUUAGAUAAGUUAGUAAUAAAACCUAAAUAUUGUGAACUGGUUUGUACUUUAGAUUUUAGACUAAUUUAUUACAAGAGAGGAUUUUCCCUGAUUCAAAGCUGCUGUUCCCCAUGUUAAAAAUAGCAGUGCAGGUAUUUUGAUGGUUAAGAUCUACUAACAGAUGGAUGAAUUGAAUGGCAAUGUUUGGUGAUAAAUAGAGAUCCUCCUAAAGCUUGGUAUUCAUAGGAUGGAAGAUGAGAAAUCAGGCAUAUGCUGCACUUGAUUAAUGUAUUGUAAUAAUACCAGAAUAUUGUACAUACUUCAGAAAGCUUUAACAAGAUAUGCUAUGCGCAUUUGUUAUAUAACCGGCAUGGGGCUUCUCCUCCCCUCCCCAAUCUUCCUUUGUAACAGAGUUUUGUGAUUAAAAUAAAAAACAUUUUCACAUAUCUUGUGAUAUAGGAGGGUCUCUGUCAAUGCUUGGAAUUUUUUUCCUACUUUUUUCAUUUUAAAAUUCAGGAGAUGUUUUUAAAUUGAAAUUAAAUUGGCAGAAAGUGACUAAACAUCCAUGUCUAAGGUAUUGUUUCAAAUUGAGAAAGAAUUAAAGAAAACUUGGUCA